UUGUUACCAAAAUAGACCCGGAAGUGGUUGAGUCAGCGACGCUUUUUCGGUGAUAAAUUUUAAUCAAUAACGCCCAAAAGUUGUCACCUGUGUCACAAAUUUUAAGCACAUUUACACCAAAGUUGAAGUAUAGCGGAGUAUAUUUUUCAUCAUGACCUCAAAACAAGGAACCUACACAUACCCCGAAGGAGAUGAGUAUAGAGGAGAAUGGCUUGAAGGUAAGAGACAUGGUGUCGGUCAUUUGAGGUUACGUGAUGGAUCAACAUAUACUGGCCAUUUUGAACACGGCCUCAGCAGUGGAACAGGGGUCAUGGUUUUUAGCGACGGUUCAAGAUAUGAAGGUGAAUUUGUUCAGGGGAAGUUUCAUGGAAUGGGGGUGUUCACUCGGUCAGAUGGCAUGGUGUUUGAGGGAGAAUUCGUGCAAGGCUGUGUACAAGGGGGAGGUCUACUAACGUUUGCUGAUGGGACUAAUGGUAUGCCACGCAACGAAGGCAUAUGGGAGGGCAACCGAAUGGCGGAACGGCAAAAGUGUAACCAAGUGGUUGCUAAGGCCAGGCAAAAUGCAGCUGCUGCAAGAGCAAUACAUGUAUCUUAAAUCCCAGUGAAAGUUUUACUUAUAUACAUUUUUAUAUUUUAUUAUAUAACUGUUAUCAAUAAUGUAGCAUUCCAUUAAACACAUCGUUUUUGAAAUCAAUCAAAUUAGAAUUCAUGUUACUUAACUUUUAGAAGAUAAUGUAGUUAAGUGAUAAACCAUUGGAUAUUAGAGGUUUUUAUGUUUUGACUUCUGAAAGCAUAUUUUUUUAUAUCUUUUGACAAUGAUUUAAAAAAAUGAUUUAUGACUGCUUUACAUUGCUUAGUCAUUAAGUCACUAUCUUCAAUUUGGGAACGUAUUUGGAGAGAAAUCAUUCGCUGUAGGCCUGGUUUUUAUCCCCGGGGACUUUGAAAGGGGAAGGAACUAUGGGCUGUAGUCUAGACACAGAGCAAAGUUUAUUCCCCCUCCUGGGGACUAGCUUACAGUCUUUGAGCCUCAAAAUAUUUGGAUUGUAAAUGAGUGAUUAAUUACUCUGAGUAUAGAUAUUAAAUGAUGCCUGUGAUCUGUGGAACUAGGCUGCGUUGAACCACAGUCUUGUACCCACCAAAAAUCUACUCAAAAAUAUUCAUCUAAAUUUUAGGUAAAGAUGUUGUUUUAAGACAAAAUACAAAUCAUGUGUGUACCUCUUGGGUGUAAGUUACACAUUAUUCUAAAUUACCCUGUAUUUUGAGGAUCAGCUUGGACACAAACUUUAAUUUCUUCUCAACACAAAAUUUUAGUUGACAUAAACAUCAAUUUUGCUGAUUUACAAAACAAAAGUAUAUGUUAUAAGGCAAGAAUGUUUGAUUUUGAUUGUGUAAUAUUCUUUACUCUCUGUUCCACACUAUAAAUUUUAUUGACAAAAAUUAUAUGAUUUGCCCAAAUGUGAGUUAAUAUGAUAUCAUGCCCAUAUAUGGGCAUUGUAUAAAGUAGCACAAAAUUUAUUUACUUAAAAUGUGAUACUGUGUACAGACAUUACAUUGUCUUUCAAAAAAUGUACUUUUAUAUGGUUUUUGCUAUUUUUAAAAUAAUAAAGUGUAAUAUUAAAUUAAUAACAUUUGUCAUACAUAUGUGUUAAGCUUUUGUCCUCGACACCAAUGUUUGUUGUAUUUACAUUGUCACGUGUAAGUAAAUAGUCAAUAAACAGAUAUUCAAGUGAUUGAA